ACGUCUUUAAACGGCGCCUGGUCUCGGGUUAGGUUCAUAUCUACAACCACAUUCAGACCGUAUAGUACCCUUAUGAAAACGCCCGUCUUUUAAAAUGUUUCGAAGAGUAUGCUUUUAAGUCGAUUUGACGUUUCUCUCGGACGUAGCUCAUAUGCACAUUUCGUAUAACGUUUAGAGGAGAAUUUGGUAAAGUCAUGGCGGGAACAGUUAGUCUUGAACUAGAUCCUGUCUUCCUGAAAGGGCUGGGAUAUUUGCAUUCAAAAAGUAAGGACUCGGCUGAGAAGUUAAAGGCUUUGCUUGAUGAAUCAAUGGCCAGAGGAAGCGACUCCACCUAUCGAACCUCGAAGGAUGUUGAGGUGAAGGUCCCAGGGCCCAAAGCAACAUUAACCAAACACGACUCGAAGUCCUCAUCCAGUUCAUCAUCCAGCAGUAGCAGCAGCAAGUCCAGCAGUUCCGAGAAGCUCAAAAGGGAACGUGAAAAGAGGCCCGCCGAAAAGGUCAGAGUUACAGAUUUCCUUGAUGUACCGGACCCGCCAAAGAAGGCAAGAACAGAGAAGGCUGUGGAGAGUCGCUCAUCUCCCAUCACUGUUCCAGCCAGCAAAGAACUGAGCCUGCCCGACCUUUCAGGCCCCGAUGAAACCAGUGCUGAUAUAUUUGCCAUGGAGAUGGGGCUUGCCUGUGUGGUUUGCAGACAAAUGACAGUGACUUCAGGGAAUCAGCUGGUGGAGUGUCAAGAAUGCCACAACUUGUAUCACCAGGAGUGUCACAAACCCCAAGUCACUGACAAGGAUGUGAAUGACCCACGGCUGGUGUGGUACUGUGCACGGUGUACCAGGCAAAUGAAGUCCAUGGCGCAGAAAAGCCAGAAGCCUCCGCAGAAGCCCUCUCCAACUUCAACAUCAUCUGCAGCGCCUGUCGUAAAGGACUCCCUGGUGAAAAAGCCUGAGAUGAAGCCUAAACUGGAAACCACCAACUUCCAGGCAUUCAAGAGAACAGAGGUGAAGGCAUCGGCAACAACGGCAUCCAACAAUUCAGCCAGCGGAUCCUUGCAAUCAAGUGGCCUAACUGGGUGGGCAGCGUUUACCAAGACCUCCGCUGCUGGGCCCUCUACUACAAAGCUCGGCUCCUCCGCCCCGGGUCCGAGUGGUAAAUCCACCCCUCCCUCCUCCACCUCCAAGCCAACAGGCCUGUCUGGGAUGGCCAGUGCCAAAUCAGGCCUGGCGGGUACCAAAAGCUCCAGCAGCCCGGGAGGAGGCAACAACGGAUCAGCGCCGUUGAAGUCACCCCCACCUCUGACGCUGGGUAAGCAGGCUGUGCUGAGCCGGUCCUCCAGCGGAGACGGCCAGGGCAAGGUGACUGUUGCCGGGCCCUCUGCUACCGCCUCCUCACCUGGGGCCUCCUCAGCCUCCUCCACCAGUGGUGUCGGAGGGGGCAAUGGAGGAGGCAACAACGCCGGCAAAUCACAGGAGACGCCCACCUCCCAGGAGUCUCAGCUCCAGGCUAUGAAGAGGCUGCAGAUGGUGAAGAAAAAAGCAGCACAGAAAAAGUUGAAGAAGUAGGGUUGGAGAGGAUGAAUGACAAAUAGGACUGCAAAUAGUUUCUAGAUGGACGAUAGACUUCAUAUGUUAUAUCUAUGUCCAUCGAGAUGUUGACCAGCUCUCUUAGGGCUAUUAGUGUAUAAGAUGGACUUUUUGACAUUAGGUUUUACUCCCAUUCUGUCAACAUCUUUUAAUGGUAUAUGUUUUUAACUAAAUAUAAAAAUAAAGUGUUUUCAUGUUUCAAAAUUGUUAUUCAUUCAUUCAAUCUGCUGACUUGGAAAAGUAGGAGCUGAUUUUUUGCCCAUUUAAAUUGUCAGUCACUGGGACUGAGAAUCCUUGAAUUGAAGUAGUCUUGGCAAAAUAUGGAAUAUAUAGGAUUAAUGAAUCUGAAGAACUUGUAAUGUCAUCAUUAUAUGAAGAGCUUUGUUGCAAAAUGCUAUAUCCAUUUUGGAAUAUUUGGGGAAAAUUACAUUUUCGUAUUGGGCAUUGCAUUGCAUUGAAAAAGUUUUCUCAACUUAUUUGAAUGGCAGGAAUCCAAUAAUAAAAUGCAAAAGU